AUUUUGAGAUGCACCGUCAUAGUGGUCAAUUGUUCCUCUCUACGGAUCACAGCACAUACGCCUACCGAGUGUGCUCGAUGUUUGAGAAAGAUACGUUAACAGUUUGAAUAAAAAAAUUUUUUUCACACAAGUUGAUUUAUAUAUAUGUGCAUGGGGCCCCUAUUUGGAAAUAAUCCUUCGCGAAAUGCGUCGAAGAAUUUGGUUGAAUUCAAGGCAGGAAAAAUGACUAUGAAGGGGAAAAUGGUUUAUCCAGACACACGAAAGGGACAGGUUUACGUUCACCAGUCUGACGAUCAAUUAAUGCAUUUUUGUUGGAAAGAUCGUACAACAGGAAUCGUGGAAGACGAUCUUAUAAUAUUCCCUGAUGACUGUGAAUUUAAGCAUGUUCCAGCAUGUAAAUCCGGUAGGGUAUAUCUGUUGCGAUUCAAGUCGUCAAGUAGAAAAUUCUUCUUUUGGCUACAGGAUCUGAAGACUGAUAAAGAUGAAGAAUAUUGUAGGAAAAUUAAUGAAGUUUUGAAUAAUCCACCUACUCCUGGUUCUCAAAGAAGCGGCAAUGCAAAUCCAGAUGGAGAUUUUCAUAAUCUAUUAAAUAAUAUGUCUCAACAACAAUUAAUGCAAUUGUUCGGCGGCGUUGGACAAAUUGGACUAGGCAGCUUAUUAGGAACCAUGAGCAGACCUCAUGGUAUCCAAAGUACUAGAGCAUCUACUACAACCGCGUCAUCGCCGGUUACUACAAGCGUCGCCAGACCACCGGUAUCUCAAACACCGGCACCUUCUACCGUCACUGAAACUACAAAAUCUUCCAGUAAUAAUAAAUCAUCACCAAGAACAACAGCACCAUCUACACCUGUGACUACUUCAGGUACUAACAAUAGAAUUCAGUUGAGUGACCUACAAAGUUUCCUCUCAGAAAUUCCAACACCAGCUGGAGCAGAAGCUGUUGUUCAGCAGAGGGGCAUAGCGACAGAGCUGACGAAUGUCAUCCCAACGAUUACAAGAACGGAAUCUCUGGAACGUGCUAUUUCCGCGCACUUACCACCUGGAGACAACCUGUGUACCACGCUAUCGUCUCCCCAGUUCUCCCAGGCGCUAUCAAUGUUCUGGUCUGCUUUGCAGUCGGGCCAGGCGGGCCCAGUCAUCCGUCAAUUUGGCUUGGGAACUGAUGCGAUCAAUGCAGCCACUAGCGGUAACAUCGAAGAAUUCGUCACUGCUUUGGAGACAGAAGCCAAGAGUGGACAAGGACAAGCGCAACAGGGACAAGAAGAGAAGAAACGAUCUCCAGGCGAUAGUCCUGGCAAGAAGGAAGACGAUGACGACGGCAUGCCUUUGGAUUAAACUAUAAGAAUUUA